AUGAGCCGUUUGUGCGUUGGCGCGCACGUCGCGCCGGUGCACGUUGCGCGGGCGCGAGUCCCGGGGCGCGUGCGGCACGGAGCGCGGCCCUUCCAUGGAGGAGCCCUCACCGCGCGGCCGGAGGCGCGCAUCGUCACGGCGCGCGCGACGAAACAGUCCUUCGGGUCGUUCGACGAGAUGAUCGCCGGGUGCGACGUCCCCGUCCUGGUGGACUUCUACGCGAAAUGGUGCGGGCCGUGCCAGCUCGUGUCCAAGGAGGUGCUUCCGCAGCUCUCGAAGAGCCUCGGCGACAAGGUCAAGAUCGUCAAGAUCGACAGCGACAAGUACCCCGAUCUGUGUACGCGAUUCCGUGUGGAGGGUCUCCCGACGAUGGUGCUGUUCGUGGACGGCAAGGAGGUCGAGCGGAUCCCGGGCGCCAUGCCGGCGUGGCAGCUUGACGGGCUGAUUCGAAAAUACAUUUGA